CACUGACUGGCACUGAUAGGCGGCACUGAUUGGCAGCACUGAUAGGUGGCACUGACUGGCAUUGAUAGGUGGCACUGAAAGGCAGCUCAGAUGGGCACUGAUAUGUGGCAUUGAUGUGAAAUGGUAGGCACUGAUGGGCACUGGCAGGUAGCAUUGAUGACCACUGACAGCUGGCACUGAUGGACACUGACAGGUGGCACUGCUGGGGCUUCACUGAUCAUCAGGGCACACUGAUCAUCAGUGCCCUGAUGAUCAGUGUAGAUGUCCCCUCUGACUGCGAUUGGACACAGCUGAUCACAUGACUGA